AUGCCGAGAAGCACUUCAAACGCGUUUUAUUCUCGGCGGAGGAGCCCACAGAGAGCAGUGACCACAGCUGGGGAAGAUGAAGUUGGGGCUCUUGUUUUUGACAUUGGCUCGUACACAGUGAGAGCAGGCUAUGCAGGCGAGGACUGUCCGAAGGUUGAUUUUCCAACAGCCAUUGGUGUGGUGCUAGAAAGGGACAAUGGCAGCACUCUGAUGGAGAUAGAUGGUGACAAAGGCAAACAAGGGGGCCCAACUUACUAUAUAGACACCAAUGCCCUGAGAGUUCCAAGGGAAAAUAUGGAGGCCAUUUCACCUUUGAAAAAUGGAAUGAUUGAAGACUGGGAUAGUUUCCAGGCAAUUUUGGACCACACUUACAAGAUGCACAUUAAAUCGGAAGCAAGUUUGCAUCCUGUCCUUAUGUCCGAAGCACCAUGGAAUACUAGAGCGAAGCGUGAAAAACUGACUGAAUUGAUGUUUGAACACUACAACAUCCCUGCUUUUUUCUUGUGUAAAACUGCUGUUCUAACAGCUUUUGCUAAUGGGAGAUCUACAGGUCUCAUUUUGGAUAGCGGAGCAACACACACCACUGCUAUUCCAGUGCAUGAUGGAUAUGUACUUCAGCAAGGUAUUGUAAAAUCACCACUUGCAGGAGACUUUAUUACUAUGCAGUGCCGGGAAUUGUUUCAGGAAAUGAACAUAGAGAUAAUUCCUCCAUACAUGAUUGCUUCAAAGGAAGCAGUUCGGGAGGGCUCGCCAGCAAAUUGGAAGAGAAAAGAGAAGUUACCGCAAGUCACUCGGUCCUGGCACAACUACAUGUGUAAUUGUGUCAUUCAGGACUUCCAGGCUUCUGUCCUCCAAGUAUCAGAUUCAACCUAUGAUGAACAGGUAGCGGCGCAGAUGCCAACAGUUCAUUAUGAGUUCCCCAACGGCUAUAACUGUGACUUUGGUGCUGAGCGUCUAAAAAUUCCUGAGGGAUUGUUUGACCCUUCCAACGUAAAGGGUUUAUCUGGUAACACGAUGCUGGGUGUGAGCCACGUUGUCACAACAAGCGUUGGAAUGUGUGAUAUAGACAUCAGGCCGGGCCUCUAUGGCAGCGUGAUUGUAGCAGGAGGAAACACUCUAAUACAGAGUUUCACAGACAGAUUGAACAGAGAGCUGUCUCAGAAAACUCCACCGAGCAUGCGCCUGAAGUUGAUCGCGAACAACACAACAGUGGAACGGAGGUUCAGCUCGUGGAUUGGUGGUUCGAUUUUGGCUUCUUUGGGUACUUUUCAACAGAUGUGGAUUUCUAAACAAGAAUAUGAAGAAGGAGGGAAACAGUGUGUAGAAAGAAAAUGUCCUUAAACCUCUUACUGUGAAAACUGCGGCCUGCUCAGUGCUCCUUCUGUUUUAUAGCUUUAGCAUACUCAGGAAUGGGAAGGACUCUUUUUGUAGAAAUUUAUAUUGGAUUUUUUGCAUAAUUCAAGUUCCAUUUUAACAAGCCUUAGCAAUUUUGAGAGACCUAAUUGGUUACUAUCAUAGAAAAAGGAUGUUUAUGUCCUUUGUAAAGCAAUAAUUCAUGUAACAAGCAUUUUAUAAUUUUAUAUAAAUAUAUAUUUUCUCUAGUAUCUUUUCCUGGGAACAGCUUUACAGAUUAGCUAAUAGAGGCAUAACCUUGCAAAUGCCCAUGCAAAUUUAUUAAAAAUCUCUUGUCUACUUUCACAUAUUAGUCUUCCUUGCUGGUACUUUGGCCUUAAAAUGCUCUUAAAAAAAUAAAAUUUGUUUUUUUUUAUUUGAGCAACUUUGUGAGUACUUGCAGAGAAAGUUACUCUUCUAAAUUGAAAUUUUGUAUUUGGUGAUCUACUGUAGGCGACUCAGCUCAGCGUAACCUUUUACUCUGUAGUGGAAAUGUUACAUUCCAUGUAGUGAAGUUAUAUUAAGCACU